CAACAAUAAAUGAAUGAUGUUCGCCCGCCACAUAAAAUCUCAAACCAAUGGCUCUCAUCAUUCAUCAAGUUAAUUUCACAGCACAAAAUUAAAUCACUCCCAUUACUUUCUCUUCCUUCAAUUUUUCUCAGAGCUUCAGAAAUGGACGAUUCAGUUUGGGACUAUCUCUCAUCAGACCUCACAGAAUCAAUCCUUUCCCACCUCCCAAUCCUCUCCAUCGUACGCGCCGCCGCCGUGUGCAAGAUAUGGCGCUCAAUCGUCGCCUCCUCCGCCUUCGCCGCCCGCGUCUCCGCCGCCAAGCAGCCCUGGUUCUUCCUCUGCGGCCACCACAACGUCUUCCUCAAGAACAACCGCGCCUUCGCGUUUGAUCCCGAAGCCAAUCGCUGGAUCGUUCUCUCCGAUUCGAGUGCUGCGCUUUUCUCUGAGGACUUGUUCGCCGGCUCCAAUGGCUUCCUCUUCGCCGCUUCGGCUUCGGCUUUCAGCUUCCGCCCGAUCCUCCGCGGCGCGUGGCGGCACGCGCGCGGGCUGAGAUUCUCGCGGUGUAGUCCGCUAGUCGGCGCGUUCAACGACGACGGCGGUACUUCGGGGAUUCCGAGGUUUAUAGUCGUCGGCGGGGUGAAAUUCGUCGGCAGCUUGGUGGAUAUCGAGGACCGUCUCGCCGUUGAAAUCUAUAAUCCGUGUUUGGAUUCAUGGGAGCUCUGUCCGCCAUUGCCGCCGGAGUUCAACACGCGGAAUUCAUCCCAAUCUCUAUGCUCAGCUCUCUUCAACCGAAAAUUCUUCGUUUUAGGGAUCAAUUCCAGUUUCAUCUCCUCCUUUAACCUAAAAACCCGCCAAUGGAGCGGCGUCCAAACUCUCCGGCCGCCGGGGGCGCAAUCCGGCUUCCUAAUUUCAUCCAACGACCGCCUAAUCCUGGCCGGGCUCUGCAAUUCCGGCGCCGCACUGUCCUUUAAUCUCUGGAAGAUCGACGAGGAGACGAUGGAGUUCAGCGAGAUGGCGAUAAUGCCGCCGGAACUGCUGCGGCUAUUGAUUCACGGCGACGAGGAUGAUAGCCGGGCGGCGGCGGGAUUUAGCCUGAAAUGCGUGGGAUUGGGGAGCCUAAUUUACGUUUUUAACGAAGAACAUCACCGGAAUUACCCUGCUUGCGUUUGCGAAAUAAAGAAAUUGGAAUCUGGGGAGUGUUAUGGUGAUUGGAGGAGGCUCCCCAGUUUGCCUGUGCGCGAUGGGAAUAAGUUUCAUAGAGUCAUCAGCUUCUGUUCCUCUGUUUCUCUUCACAAUGUUCUUGAUUGACGCCAUUGUAAACGUGAAAAAAUUUAAUUGUAUAUAUGAAUAAGGUUCAAAGUGUAGUGCAAUUUGUUUGAGAAAUAAAGUUCAAAUUGAUCAUUGAAAUGUAAAA